AUAUAGACAUAUGUAAAGGAUUAAAUUUUAUUACAAAAAUAUUUUCGCUAUUUCUGUAAAUAAUGUGAAUCGUUAUUUCAUAAGUAACAUAAGACAGAUUUCUCUUGACUCAUCGUUGGUUCUAUUACAAUUGUAACAGAUAUUGUUAUAGUCAUAGUUCCUGUUUUAUGAAUGGUUAUUUACUGCGUUAUUCCACAUCACGCAACAAAUGUAAAAAUAAAGUUGAAACAUUUGGUUAGAAUGACUACUUUUAUUUUGAUUUGAUCAGGUAUUAUCUGGUCUAUGAUUAAAAUAUGUAUUGAUUUAAUCACAGAAUGUGAUGUUUUAUGAUUGAAGAACCAUAAGGUAUUAAUAAGCAUAAAUAGGAUACUUUAUUUUAUCAACAUAUUCCAUAAGGAAGCUGAUUGCAGAAUAGUUAACGAUGGAUGUCAGUUCAUUAUUUAAAGCCAGUGUGAAGACAGUUAGCCUUCGCAACAAAGAUCUUGGAACUAUUAACAAUGUACGAGGUCUGAAAAAACUAAGAAGUAAAAGUGCAUUCUUUAUAAAAGCACAAGGUGUAGUCGCACAGAUAUCAAAGUUACGUGAGUUUCUGCUAGAAAAUCGUAAAGCUUAUUUGAAUUUUUCAAAUUAUUUGCCAAAUGUACCAAGUAUGACGGAUGUUGACCGUGAUCAAAUUGAUGUGGGUGCACAAAAAAUAAUGAGCACAUGUUCUCAGUUAAUCAAAGAAUUGCGAAGAGAAAUUGCUAACUGCGAAGUUUCACCACAAAAUUUGGAACAUAGAGAAAUCAUGUUGUUGUUAAUUGAAGAUUAUUUGAAAAAUGUUUGUAAAAUUUAUUCUGAACAGAAAGCAAUGCGUGUAAAGAGGGCAAUGGAAAUAAGGAAAAUUGCGAAAUUAGAAUUGAAUACAAACUCUGUAAGGCAGCUGGAAGUUGAUGUGAAAAUACCUGAAUCAAAUAUAACUGAAAUAACAGAAGAUAAAGACAAUAAGAUAAGUUCCAAUAACUCUAGUCCUAUGAAAAUACAAGAAAUAAAUGGAGAUGUUAAUUCACUGAUGUAUGAGGAAGAAAUAUCACCUGAAGAUAUACAACUAUUUGAAGCAGAAAAUGAACAGUUGUAUAAUGAACUUAAUACAAUUACUGAAGAAGUUAAGCAAAUUGAAACCAAGGUUGUACAUAUAGCUGAACUGCAAGAGAUAUUUACAGAGAAAGUACUAGAUCAAGACAAGGAUUUAGACCGUUUGAUGACAACAGUUGUGGGAUCAACGGAAAAUGUCAAGGAGGCUAAUGAACAAAUUAGGCAAGCAAUUCAAAGGAACGCAGGACUCAGAGUGUGGAUUCUGUUUUUCCUUCUAGUUAUGUCUUUUUCUCUAUUGUUUCUUGAUUGGUACAAUCCUUAAAAUAAAAGAGCAUAUAUAUAUAUUGUUUUAUUAAAUGUUUGUACAUACACUCAAAGAAUGUUGUACAUUAUUCCAAAUACUAAUAUAAUCCUUGUAUGCUACUAGUUUUUAAACGACAAUGAACAAAGUUUUGCCAAAAUAUGUCACUGUAUUUUAUCCCCAAACAUUUUACAUGAUAACUACAUCUUACAUAAUAAAAUUUAUCAUAUAUGUAUAUAUUUACUUAUAUACACACAUUCGCACAUGUGCACUUUUCACAUACAUUUUUAUCAUUUUAUUGAUAUUUGGUCUAACAGAAAAUCAUUCUGUAAAUUAAUUACUGAAAAAGUUGUAAACACGCUUAAGAUACAUUUUUAGUAUCUUUCUUCGU